UUCCGUCCGUGAUGGAGUUAAGUCCCUCAUCAUGAUGAUGCUCUGUUUUGAAGCUAUUGCUUCAUAACUUUCUCCAAGUCUGAAAUGUCUGUGAACGAGAGGUUGCGAGAGUCAAGCACGUCAUUACGUCACGGUACACAUGACUCUGCCUCCAGCGCUGCUCUGGACCCACCCUCCUCCUCCUCAUUAGAUUGAGCUGUGUGGCAGAUGUGUCUGCUUUGCAUCAGCUCACAGGUAGACAGAGAAGACACAGAGAGACAGAGCUGAGCCAAGUCAUUCACCCACUAUUACACACAAAAGUUGCCUUCAUUGAUUCCAGACACAGAUUCCAGCAUCAUCACUUGGGUCUCCACCCUGGCUCAUGGUGUCAUGCUUCUUUUGAGACGCCCUGGUGAGGUUGUUUGGAUCUACUUGUGCUUUCAUCUCUAAACAACCAAGCGUGUGGACAGGACGGUGUAUGAUCACUUGUGCUGAAGAGGAAGUGGGGCUUUGGCUGCAACAGAUUUUAACUCAUAAGUGUGUCGCGCCAUGGAGUUUCAUGGAGGCGAUCGUGACAGCAGCAGUGAGCAGAGGCGGGCUGAAGGCUUCCUCUUGACCAAUCACAGCAGAGUGGGUGUAACAGGAAUUCAACUCCCGUAAAACAAAACGUUUUUCAUGGGCGGAGGACGUAAAUAUUUCAUAUAUCAUAGAGGCCAACCGGGUCCAAUAUGAUUUCAAACCCAUUUUUAAACCCAACUGAUCUUAGCCUUGGGCAUCACGAUUCCAAUGGGUCAACCUUGUCAGAACCUGUGUGAUGUGUGGGACUAGCUGUGAAGUCUUUGUUGUGUGAGUCACUUGAAGCAUAAAAGCAGCUCGUGGCAGAUCCUGCAAAAUAGUCGUCUGCGGAGAAACAGAACACGAGAGCAUGAACCGUGCUCUUCUUUCGUCAUUACAUAUAUAGUUUUGCCAUUGUCCUUUAUUUUCAUCAGAACAUGACUUCUCAGGGAAAGAAGGGAGAGGACACUUUUGACAGCCAUGUCAUUCAAUAUGAACCCGCCCAUCAGGGAUCCGUCAACGCCGUCACCACUCUCAGUCCAGACCUGUGUGUAUCUGGCGGUGCUGACCAGGCUGUGGUGGUGUACGACUGGAAACAAGGUCGACUUUGUCAGUACUUCCAGAGUCACAACAGGGAAGUUACCAAGGUGUUGUGCUAUCCAGGCAGCACAUGGGUUUUUAGUGCCUCACGCGACAAGACCGUCCUGAUGUGGGACAUUAAUCAGGGGGACGAACCGAUACAGGACUUCUGUGGGCACGAGCUGGUGGUGAAUGGAAUUGCUAUCAGUCCAGAUGGCCGAAAACUUUGCACCGGCUCCCGUGACAACUGGAUGUGUUUGUGGGAUAUCGAAUCUUCAAAAUGCGAACAGAGACACAACAUUUCCAGAAACCUGGUGACUCAUGUCUGUUGGGUGCCAGGCAGCUCUUCCUUGGUGCAGUCCUCUGAAGAUAAGACGAUCAGAGUGUGGGACAGUCGCAUGUGGCAGGUCACCAACACCUUCCCAGCCAAGCAGUACAUUCAGACGUACUGCGACGUCUCCUCAAAUGGAAACUAUUUGUUGUCAAGUAGCAAUGGAUUUGGAGGCCAGGGCUGUGAAGCUACACUCUGGGACCUGCGUCAGCCCGGUUGCAAGCUGGUGGAAUACAGAGGUCAUCUCCAGACCACUGCGUGUUGUGUGUUUCUGCCGACAUCUCCAGGUGGGACGACUCAGGUAGCAACGUCGUCACAUGACGCUUCCAUCAAGGUCUGGGACCAGAACUCUGCAGUCUGUUUGGGGACUUUACCUUUGGACGGGGCUGGGCCCCUGGUUUCUUUGGCUCCCAGCGAUUCCUCCAAUCUGCUGUGCGCCAGCUUUAACACUGGGAUCCAUCAUAUACAGCUAGGUCAGGGUUCAAACCAAAGUUCUGGGGCUGGUCCAGAUGGAGCUGAAGGACUGGAAAUGAGAGUGGUUUCACGUUUCUAAAAAUCCACAAUGCUUCUGCCACAUUCACACAAGUUGUCAAGUUUAAGGUUCUGAUGAUGGUAAAGUGGACUGACAUGCAUCAUAUCAAAAAGAGACUUUUUUUAAAUGCUGCCUUCUUGGACCAGACCUGAUCAUCCAAAGACGUUGACCUUUCCUCUGCAGGGCCCCUUGUUCUUUUGUAAGAGUUUAUUGGCAACAUGAAUCUGAUAGAAGUUUGACUUUGGUAGAUCAUUUCUGAAUGAUGGUUUUUAGAGCUUUUUUUUUUUUUUAACAAUUCUUGCUGGCUAGUUUCAUGAAGUAACUUAAAAGUUGGAUCUGUUCUUUGUGUUUGCUCUUGUUCUUCUGGUCCUGUUUUAUAUGGAAAUCAUUUCUCGUGGCGAGAAGGGUCUGUUGUUAGGCCUCAGAACUACAUCCCAACCCUUGCUGGUUUGGCACUGCUCUCUUGGCCUGCAAUCAUAAUUCCUCUGAAUCAGUUUGUUCUCAAUAUGGAUUGACAAGGUGCUCUCAUAUGAGCAAGGAACCUCAUGGGUGAACGGUACUUUGUUUGAGGAGAGCAGCCAAACACUACAACAAAUGUUUAUUCAAUUUGGCUCCUAUUAUCUCCAGUGGCCACACACUUUGAUUUACAAUGCAGAAAAUAUCUCUAGCUUCGUUUCUCUGUUUCUUUGUCCUGCAAGUUCUAGUUAAGGUAGUUUCAAAGAUUGUUCUAGCUCAGAAUUCCCCCCACACAUCACUUUGUUCUGUCUUGUCAGUCCUGUCAAAAUGUAUUGUUAAUGUUUUUGUCUCCAACAUGUGGAAGAAUGUUCUAUUUAAUUGUAUUAUAAUGUUCGUUACAUCUGUUUUUAAAGAAUAAUAGGCAUUGCUCACUAAUGGUGGUGAUGCCAAAAUAACUUCUAUAAAAUAUUUUUGCUAAUAUUCAAGAAUAUAACACAAUUAGUCUGUGGUGCGGCUCUUGUUUUUUUAUACUUGAAUUAAGCAGAAAACUACACAAAACAAUGCAGUUAAAUUUUAAAAAGUUUAUUAAUCCACAUUUAAACUGACUGCUCCUGAUUUUAAAUACACAAUUGUGAUGAACUGAUGAACGAACAACUUCCAGGCUCAUUUUGUUGUCAUUUUCACAUGGACCCACACACACUUUAAAAAAACAUUUCUGAAGUCAAAACACAUGUAAAUACAGCCUGCAGACCACUCGAGCACAUCUCACAUCACUAGAUCAAACUGUUUUCAUUGGCUGUUUUGGAAUGGAAUUCAAAUCUCCUGACGAUUGAAUAUAAAAAAGAAUCAUUGGCACAUAAAUAAAGACACUACAAUAAAUACAGUGACAAUAACAGCACAUUACAUUAAUCAGAAUCAAGAAUAUGAACCAAAUUGUUCUCAACGUCGAGAGAAUUCAACAUUGCCAGUGUUACGUCCAACGAUAAACUGCCUCCCCGUGAUUUAAAUCCAUUUGACUGCUUUCCAGUGUCACAUUCAACCACCAACUCUUAAAGGUAUCACAUUAUUUUGACACUAAAUUAGACAUAAAAAAAUCAAUUGGCAAUUAUGUAUAUAUAAAAUAAUAGUGCUAACUCUACACCUUCAUAUAGAAAACAUGCUGCUAUUAGUAAAUAUACAGGAGUCAUUCUCUGAGAAAAUGAGGGAAAGUAUGUUCCAGGGGACUCAAGCUGCUCCGCACCGUCAGCUACCAUAUUGUCCUAGUGUGAUUCACCCGUGCUCAAGCGAGUCAGAAAUAUCUCACUGACAGACAUUGCAACAGUUGGUGUCCAGUUAUACAGCCACCUCACAGUCACAGGAUUUAGCUGAGAAUCGUUUUAAACAACCCAAUAAAUACAACGGAAAUAGCCUAAACUUUUGGAUGACUGGGAAGGUGAAACCCAACAUUCACACCCCGACAUCCAAUUUUGGUUAACUCUUGCAAGCCAAGUACCAAGCAAUAUGUAUACUUUGAGCCGAACAAAUAGUAGAUUCAGGAUCAGAAUUGAAGGCAGCCGCAAACAGAACAGAAAGAGCUGGUUUUCACUGGUAUGUUGCACAAGUAGAGGUAAAGAUAACAGACAGGAAAUGCAGUACCGGUACACAGCAAACUGCAAAUAAGUUUACAAAAAAAAACAACAGGCUGGUUCUUUGGCCUCUGAUUUUACUACAAGCUCAUGUACCCAACAUGGCACUGAAAUCAAUUUGUAUGCACAACGUAAGACAGUACCUUUGUAAAUCACAAAAACAAGUAGAACGUUUAAAGCAGUGUGGCUAAUUGAACCUUAAUAGUCGCUCGUACUCAUAUUUGCUUAUAAAAACACAGUGCAAAGUGAUUUAUCAUCUCAUUUUUGCUCAUUUAUAAUCCAUUAAAAGCAACUAAAAUGUAAGUUUUGACUAUAUAUAAUUCAAGCCAAUUGCAGUAGUGGACUAGGAUGCAGAUAUACUUGGUCCCUGAGUUCAUAACUACCUGUCACUACUACUUCCAGUCAGAUGACGACAAAUGUAUAAUAAUUGGAUGCGUUUUCCUUUUCAUCAUUUUCCAUCCUUCAAUAUUCAAGUAGAUCAUGCAGUCCUACGCAAACUGUACACACCAACGGACGCGAUCAAACUACGCUACCUAUGGGAGAUGACUAACUGACCUCAACUACAUCUAUCAGCUUGGAUGCAAAAAAAAACAAAAAAAAAAAAGAUUAAAUAUGUAUUACCACGUAUAAAUAUCGGACAUUUGGAAAGGAUGACAUAUUAUUUCUCAGCUGGUCCCCAACAUUGUUUUCUUUUUCUUAAAAUCUUUCAACACAAUAAAACAUUUUCUAACCACGUUCCACUUAUAGCUCUGUAUAAGUUGAACGGUGUGAGAGGAGGGAGCGGCUCUUCCUGUUUAAAAAGAUUAUGGGAUGUCUUUAAAACUGAUUUCAGUAAAAGACAGACGGGUCUGUCAGCCUCCUUCACACGCUGUUGUCAGAACUAUUCACAGGUGUACAAGCUAAAAACACGGACAAAUAUGCUUAUGGUUUGCGCGCUAGCAAUAAUGGAGCACAGGAUCAAAUCUCGUGUUUCGGAGUGCCUCCCUUAAGGUUCACACCAAACACCCCGGAAAGACCUGUCAAACCCUUGUAUUGGUAGAUGGACAUCUCUUCCAUCAGCUCAUCUUUUCAAGCAGUAAAAUUAAGUUAUGUUAAAAUCCCUCACUGACAACAGUGUUUUCUAACCAGUGACAUUUCAAAUGAGGAAUCGUAUGACGCUCUUUUCCUGUUGAAGCCGCUACUCUCCAUUACGUUCAAGACCGUCGAUGACCCGACUGAGCCUGAUGUUGAGCAGCCGGACCUGAGUGUCCAGGUGGUCGAUCUUCUCUUCCAAAGAGCCAGCACCGCCUCCCCUCCUCCAGUAGGCUCC